GCCCGGCUCUGUAAACAGUCUUAGUUGCAAUGUCUGGGAAACAGGUGGAGGGACGGCAACGUGUGGCAACGAUCUGCGGUGGAGCGCCGUGGUUACAAAAUGCAAAUCUAUUUUGAACUUCCAAUGCCAAGACGAUGCUGUGUGUGAACCAAUCAAAGCCCAAUGCGCUAAUGGAAGAUGCGCAUGCGCAAAUGGCACGGCGUAUGAUUCAACGGAGAACAUGUGCGUCGCAGUAUGUGGGCCCCCACCGACAGAGGCAAACACCGUUCGCACGAUAAACGAGGAUGGAACGCUUACAUACACGUGCGCAGCCUACUUCCUGCCAGCUUCCUCGUCAGUGACCCUCACGUGCCAGAAUGUUGGCGAUAUGAAGGAAUGGAGUCCAAGUGCGCCCAAUCUUAACUGCUACAAUUGUGGUUUAACCGCCCCAGUGGUUAACACCGUCAUAACAACCAACGCCGACGGUUCCGUUACGUACACCUGUUCUGACGGCUACUUUCCGACGGAUGCUUCUCUCACAAGUGAGACGUUGACGUGUCAAACUGACGGCACCUUUAGUCCAAGUAGUACUCCGACCAUCACCUGCUAUAAUUGCGCUGACUCUCCGCCAGAUGUGCCCGGUGCUACGUAUAAUCAUGUCCCUGGAGAAAAGACCGCUCUGUACACUUGUGGCUCAGGACUGAGACAACACCCAGAUACGACGUCCAUGGAAGCUGUUUGCGUGCAUGAAGCUGCUGGUAUUGGCACAUGGAACCAUAAUAUUGAAUGCUACGGGGUUAGACUGGUUGACGGCGAAUAUCCCAACAGCGGUUUCCUUGAGGUGUUCAAAGGCGGAAAGUGGAACGUCGUUUGUUAUGACGAUAAAUGGGAUUGGCAGGAAACGUCGGUCGUCUGCAAGGAGAUAAAUCCAGCAUUAUAUCAAUUCGGCGGUGCUUUUCAUUUAGAGUAUUAUGACAAGACCCCAGUCAACAAUGAGAAUUGUACAAGACUAAAGGACCCUAAUUGUUCUGGCUCGGAAGGAGCGGUGAUUCUGUGUGCAUCAACCGAAAGCUGCGGUCCAAUUGAUCCAAAACUCGGAAUUACGUGUUAUACAGAGGACGUAACAGCCACAGGGAUGUACUUUGCACUAGGCGAUGACCCAAGUUUCGUCCAGGCUAAUGUGCAAGUAGAUCAAUGGUAUGCUGUCUGGGUCCGCUACAAUGGCACAUGGGGUCGCGUUUGCUCAGACGGAUUUGGCAACGACGAGGAAGAUGUCGUCUGCAAAACUGUUAAUAGCGCAUGGAGAGGUGAUCACACUGGAGAGGACGAUGUGAUUGCUGGACAGACGGUGAUCGCAAAGACGUGGCAUUGUGAUCCAGCCACGCCCCACUUCCUCUAUUGUGGGAAUAAGGGAUACAACUAUGAUAGUCAAUCGUGUACAAAAGUCGUAACUGUCGAAUGUCGAAUAUAA